AUGCCGCUUGACGAGGAAGGGUUUGUGNUUCCUGUGAUGGAGAAACUUCUCCCUGAGAUAAGCUCAAGGCUAANCCCACCACCAAGUGAGGUAUUGGUAGAUAACAGUGGAUGGGUUUUGGCGUUUACGGGUGCGUUCUGUGCGAUCAUUCACUUGAUAGAGGCCGAGGAUCACAAAGAAUCGGUUCAUGAGAUUGCUUAUAAGAUGAUAGAUUCAGUGAGAANGCUUGUUGAAAGAGAAAUGGAAGUUGGACUUGUGAGGAGAGCUUUCAGAGAUGUGGAAAGCAUUGUGAUGAAAGAUAUGGUAUGGUAUAGUUCAANCGAAUACAAAUUCGUAAAGGGUAUGCUUUGGAGACUNNAUGAAAUCAAAGGAAUGAAAAUGGAGAGUAAGAUUGUGUUGUGGAGAAUUAAUGUUCGUCUCGAGAGAGGAGUGGCAGCUAAGGAAUCUAAAGUACUUCCAGACCCAGAGAGUGAGUUUGAUUGGCUAAACCAAAAAUGA